AUUACUCAAGACACCUGGUUUGUUCAGAGAGAACUUUGAUACCCUCUGUUGUUAUUCUGUUGUCUUUCUUUGUUCUUCAAGUAGGAAUCUCUCUCUUGAUGGCUUCUGCUGUCGUCGUAUCCUUGUUUCUUGUUCUGGUCCUCACCUCUCUUGAAAUUCUUCACUCUGCUGGCGAAGCAGGGUGGUCUAAACAGUGUCCGUCCUUCGAUUGUGGUAAUUUUACUGCACCUGGGUUCCUUUUCACUGGUAGUGGUAAGGGACGCCCUGGGUGUGGGUUUUUCCUAAUUAAAGGGUGUAAUGAAACAAUUAAGAAGAUCCAACUGGAGAAAGGAGGAAGAUGGUAUACAGUUGAAGGAAUAUCCCAACAAAACAUCAUUAACAUUCGUGACAAUGUGCUUUUACAGUCCCCUGAUUGUCAAUUCUUUGCCAAUUUGCCUCUUCCUAACAUUCCUUCUGUCUCUUUCAGUGUCCUUAACAGCGUGGCUGUUCUCAAUUGUAGCAAAAGCACUCCAAACACUACCAUCCCAGAAGACUUCACUCCCAGUCAUAGAAGCUGCAACAACCGCAGUGUAUACUUUAGGAUUCAGGAUGGAUUAGCUCCGAUUACCAAAUGGAAUGUACCUGCGAAUUGUUGUCUUGCAAUUGAUUCCCCACUUAAAACCCUUUCACACAACAAAGACCUCUUUACACAAUUGACUGCCAAGUUAUCUGUAGGUUUUGAAAUCCAUCUUGAUCUUCUUUGUCGUGGAUGUGGAAAAGGAGGCGAAUGCCCAAGUUCUUGUACCAAAAACGGAAAAGGGAAAUUACCAUUAUUGAAGAUAGGACUUGGAUUGGCAGUCUCAACUGUUGUUCUAAUAAUCAUGUCUAUCCUUAUCAUACGGUUUCGCACCUAUGAAAAGAAUUGUGGCUCUUCAAACCUUUCAAGUGAGGGCAAUGACAACUUCAAGAAGGAAGAUUGUAAUGAUAUUGAAGCUUUCCUAAGAGGCAAUGGGCGUCUGGCUCUGAAAAGGUAUAGUUUUAAAGAAGUUAAGAAAAUGACAAACAAGUACAGAGAUAAAUUAGGUGAAGGAGGCUUUGGAGCUGUUUACAAAGGGAAGCUAUCGGAUGGUUGCCAGGUUGCAGUGAAGGUCUUGAACAACGCAAAGGACAAUGGCGAAGCAUUUAUCAAUGAGGUUGCAAGCAUUAGUAAGACUUCCCAUGUUAACAUUGUCACUCUUUUUGGAUUUUGCUUUGAGGGUCAUAAACGAGCUCUGAUCUAUGAGUUUAUGUCAAAUGGAUCACUAGAGAAGUUCAUUCGUCAAGAAAAUCCUUCGGACACUAAUCGUCAACUGAAGUGGGAAACACUAUAUCAGAUUGCAGUUGGGAUAGCUAGAGGAUUAGAGUACCUGCACAGAGGAUGUAGCACGCGCAUUUUGCAUUUUGACAUCAAGCCACAUAACAUUCUCUUGGAUGACGAUUUCUGCCCCAAAAUAUCCGAUUUUGGCCUUGCCAAAUUGUGCCCCAGAAAAGAGAGUAUGGUGUCAAUGACAGUUGCGAGGGGAACAAUCGGAUAUAUUGCUCCAGAAGUGUAUUUUAGAAGUAUUGGAAAGGUAUCCCAUAAAUCUGAUGUUUAUAGUUAUGGCAUGAUGGUUCUAGAGAUGGUUGGGGCAAGGGAAAACAUUAAUGUUGAAUUUGAUCAUAGCAGUGAAUAUUUUCCACAAUGGAUUUACAGGCGUCUUGAAUUGGAUGAAGAACUUGGAAUUUGGAACAUCACGGAUGAGGAUGAUAAAGAAAGAGCAAGGAAGAUGAUAAUAGUAGGCUUGUGGUGUAUCCAGACUGACCCCUCAAACCGGCCGCCAAUUAGCAAAGUGCUGGAGAUGUUGCAAGGAAACCUUGAUUCCUUGCAAAUUCCACCCAAGCCUUUCUUUUCAUCUCCUCAGAGACUACUUACCGUAGCUAAUGUUGGAUCCUCAAGUUCGUUGAUUUCAUAAGUUCUGUUCGUUGGUUGACAGUUUGUACCUAUUUAAUUCAAGUGAAUUAUAAUUAAAAUUUAUACAUCAUUUAAAAGAAAAGUUCUUUCCAUUUAUUCAAUAAUUAUUACUUUUUCUCAAUCUAUUUGGUGUGUUUGGUAUAAAUAAUUUUUUUAAAA